ACGACUUUCCGCUGAAAAAAAAGAUUUUCGUUCCACACCCCAGAAAACGGGAAAGCACGAGAAUCCACGAGAACACGAAGUCGGCGUGAUCGGCAUUUUGUCCCAAAAAAGAAAUCAUUUUAGUCUCCUUUUCACAAAAAUCUAAAGCAAAAUGACUGCAAACGGUGCCACAAAUGAAAACCAUGAGGAGGUUGAGAAAAAGCCAGGAGUAGUUAGAAAAAUUUCCAAAAUUACUUUCACCAUUGGACCAAUCAGGCAGGAGGAUUUGUCAACCCCAGAAUUGAACAAACUUAUGGCCAUGGCUAGGAGAUUUGAUAUCACCUUUGAUACAGUUCCCAUCCUGGAUUCAGAUCAGACUGACAAAUUAGGAUAUAUCACCCUGCCAUUUGAAAUCCGAACACAAGAGUACUUGUUGGUAUUGUAUGAUCGUUUAACAAAUCUAAAGCUCAGUCCCUCUAGAGAUGUGUCUGUCAAGUUCCCUGAUGAGUUGAGAAGACAUGUAGAAGAGGUGAGGGUCAAGAUUCAUGAAGCCAAGAAGCAGAAAAUAGAAGAGGAGAAAAAGAGAGUGGAUUUGGUGAAACGCAGCAUAUUUGCGACUUAUGUUGAUAAGGAUACUGGCAAAGAGCAGCUGGAAGAAAAAUUCCCUGAGGCCAAGGAGAUUACCCUUAGACAGCAUAACUUCCAAUGGUUUGGCUGCCUGGAAUUUGAGUCUGUUGAUAAGGCUCUGGAAACUUUGAAGGGUAAUAACACGAUCGAGAUUGAAGGACAAAAAGUUAAGCUAGUCAGACAAGCUCCUGAUUUUGGUAAGUAUAUUUGUGCUGAAAAGCAAUUUUUAUUAAGUAAUAUUUUAUGGUGAUUGAAUGUUACUGUG